UUCUCCUACAUGGAGCUAGCACCAACCGGAAGCUAUUUCCAGACGGACCAAAACAUCUUUCCGAAAGUUGACGUGGAGGUGUUUGUGUACAAUGGCUGAUACUAAAGUAGAUAUUUCAACUGAUAACUCCCCUGGUAUACAGAACCAAAACGCGGGUUCUCAACCCAACAAUCCACUGUCAAGAAAGCUAAACAAAAUACUGGAUACGAGGCUUGACAAUGACAAGGAGAUGCUUGAGGCUCUGAAGGCGCUCUCUGUGUUCUUCACUGAGAACAGUUUGCGCACCAGGAGAAAUCUUCGCGGGGACAUUGAGAGACGGAGCCUUGCAAUCAACGAGGAGUUUGCACUAAUAUUUAAGGAUGUAAAAGAGGAGCUUGAAAGUGUCCACGAGGAUGUCCAGGCCAUGAGCACAUGUUGUGAAGAAAUGACCAACAGAUUAAAGGCUGCAAAGGAGCAAACGCAAGACCUCAUAGUAAAAACCAACAAGCUGCAGGGAGAGAAUCACCGCCUGGAGGUUAGAGCUCAGGUUGCUCAGGCCUUUCUUGCCAAGUUCCAACUAUCUAAUGAGGAGAUGGCCACACUGCGAGGGGCUCGGGAUGCAUCUAUUACUGAGGAUUUCUUCAAAGCUCUCAGCCGAGUGAAGCACAUUCACGAGGAUGUGAAAAUUCUCUUGCGAACCAACCAGCAAACUGCAGGGUUAGAGAUCAUGGAGCAGAUGGCCGUGUUACAGGAGACAUCAUAUGAGCAGCUCUACCGCUGGGCUCAGAAUGAAUGCAGAGGACUGACACAAGAGACCUGUGAUAUCUGCCCUGUGUUGACUCAAGCCAUGGAAGCCUUACAAGACCGACCUGUCCUUUACAAGUACACUCUGGAUGAGUUUGGGACUGCGCGCAGAUGUGCGGUGGUACGAGGCUUCAUCGAUGCCCUCACCCGCGGGGGGCCGGCAGGGACUCCCCGGCCCAUAGAGAUGCAUUCACACGACCCUAUGAGGUAUGUUGGGGACAUGCUGGCCUGGUUGCACCAAGCCACCGCCUCAGAGAAGGAGCACCUAGAAGCUUUGCUGAAACAAGUCACUUUGCAAGGUGUAGAGGAAAACAUGCAGGAGGUGGUUGGACACAUCACUGAGGGAGUCUGCAGGCCGCUGAAAGUUCGGAUAGAACAGGUCAUUGUGGCCGAGCCAGGUGCUGUCCUGCUUUACAAGCUGUCCAACCUGCUCAAGUUCUACCAUCACACCAUCAGCUCCAUCAUUGGGACCAGCGUGGCCUCCUUGCUUAUCACUAUUGAGGAAAUGCACAUCCUCAGCAAAAAGAUGUUCUUCAACAGCCUGAGCCUUCAUGCAAGCAGACUCAUGGACAAGGUGGAGCUACCUCCUGCAGAUCUGGGACCGACAGCCUCCCUCACUCAGACACUCUCCCUCCUCAGGGAGGUGCUGGCUUCCCACGACUCAUCAGUGGUUCCUCUGGAUGCCCGCCAGGCUGACUUUGCUCAGGUGCUCUCUUGCAUCCUGGAUCCCCUCCUACAGUUAUGUACUGUGUCUGCCAGUAACCUAGGCACUGCUGACAUGGCUACCUACAUGGUCAACUCACUCUAUGUCAUGAAGACAACAUUGGCUCUCUUUGAAUUCACAGACAAAAGGCUUGAGAUGCUCGAGUUCCAGAUCGAGGCUCACCUUGACACUCUGAUCAACGAGCAGGCAUCCUACGUGCUGACCAGAGCCGGACUGAGUUACAUCUACAGUUGUGUCCAGCAGCACAGCGCUGAACAGGGUCCUCUGUCCCUCCUCCCUAGUAUGGACAGCUCCUCUGUGAAAGCAGCCAUGGUCCAGUUCGAUCGGUACUUGUCGUCACCGGACACUCUUGUGAUGCCACAGCUCAACUUCUUGCUCAGUGCAGCUAUCAAGGACCAGAUUUUCCGUCAGUCCACGGAGCUGGUGUGCAGAGCGUAUGGGGAGGUUUACACAGCACUGACCAGCCCAGCUAACAGCUACAAAGAUCCAGAGAUCCUGGUACCCCGAUCACCCCAGCAGGUUCAGACCUUGCUCUCCUGAGAGACAUUUUUGUCCAACCUGGCUGAUCUCAAAAACAUGAGGUGAGCUCCAGUGAAGGACAACCUGCAGGUUAUUUAAAGAGCUGUGUAAUUGUAAUACAACAUAAUAACACAAAUGUAUAUAAAAGUAGUUGUUAAGGUGGGGUUCUCUGUGGGGAAUGUGGGUUGUGGGUUGCUAACCUCAGAGAGAGACACUCCUGUGUGCCAGGAGGAAAGAACAUUAUAUGUAUAUGAUCCAUUUACUUUCACUGUUGCUGACGGUCCGUUUGUUUUUCUCUCUGUAAGCCAACCUCUUUCUGUUUCUUUUCACAUCAUGUACUCUACCAUGUUCAUAAUUGUACAAAGCACUGCCUUCUUAUUGAAAACAUUGAACAUUAUAUAAAACAAAGGGAUUUAAGAGACUGAUUUUAUUUUUUCCACUCUUACGAGUGGUCAGGCAAAAAUUCAGCCACAAUGUUAAGAUGAACCUCAGAAGCUUCAGCACCAACGCUGUGUUUAUUUGAAUCUCAACUGUUUUAAGUUGUCGGAAUAAAAUGAAAAAUCUGUUUGGUUAAGAUGUAUAAACAACAAUGUAAUCAUACUGGAUUUAAUCAUUUAACAUAGAUUUGUUGACCUAAAUGCACAUAGAGUACAGCUGAUGUCAGUAGUGUGGUAUUUUUCAUCUUGCUGUUUUUCACUUUCCACUCCAUAUUAUUGGACUGUUGUGACAUGAUGAGGUUUAGUAUCAUAUCAGUGAAAAUCUGACACCACCUAGCCCACAUAAUCCCCAAUAAAACAUGAUUGAAACAGUAAAGAUAAGUGAAUAUUGAUCCAGUCUGUUGUUAUUGUAUCUGGCCUGAGAGGCAGCAUUUCAUUUCUGCUAUCUGACAUCAAGGUUCAUGGCAGCAGGCCUGAUCUUGGCAGCGCAGCCAGCACUGAGACCCAGGAUUUCCCCAGCUCACCGGAUGUUACUCGGAUAUCAUUGGCCAGGACAUUGAGUACUGGGAAUAAAUGGAAUACCACAAAGUUCAGCAUCUGGACGGCGCUCUUAAAUCCUUUAAAUAGACCAGCUCUCUCUUCCAGUACUGUUUGGCUCUGGUCGGAUACAAGCUGGAUUCUUGAAUGUUUUUACUCAGCACUCUUUGGCAGAAAGUGGGAUGAUGUUUGAGAAGCAAGAUUACUGAAUAACAACAUAUUGUUCAUGUGUAACAAUACGCACUGUGCACUUACUCAGCUUCACAUUAGUUGUGUGUGUGAAUGCACGUGGACUUACACAGUUCAGCAUGUGACAGCUUUUUCCUGCCGGUAGCUGUAUUAAUGAGUUAGCAGAUGUGAGAGGUGAUGGAGUCACCACUUAGAGGCAGGUAGUGGUGAGCAGGGUGGCAAACAUUCAUCCCAUCAUCCGCUCCAUAUGACAGCGGUCACCAAGCUUUUGCCUGCUGAAGCAUGAGACCAGCAGGAAUCUGGGUUAAAGGAAAAUAUUGAGUUUUUCCCCCUCCCUUUCGCUCCAGUGACUGAUGAUUAAUGUCGAUCCAGAGCUAACAACUUGAGUCUUAUCUAUUGCCUCAGCAGAAACUUUGAAAGAAAAUGACUCAAACAACUGCACAGCUUACUGAACUAAUACUGCUGUUUCUCCGUGUUCAUACUGAGUUGCUUCCUCGAUAGGAAAUGAAUCAUCAGCUCGUCAAAGAAUGAUUUGGCAACUAGUUAAAUAAGAGGAAUAAGGAUUUUGUGUCACAACAAUGUCAUGUUGUUCAAAUGGAUUUCAGCCACAAUUCAAAUUCAGGAGAAAUGCAGACGGGGAAACAUGAAAAAUAAUAUAGUGAUCAUUGUACAAAUGAAUUUGAUGCUCAGUCAGAAGUGUUCUUACAUCAACUAGAAUUACAUUUUGACCCGAAUUGCUCCUGAGCAGCAGAGACAGGAUAUUACAAAUGUCAUAUUGCAGUCUUUUGUCAUGUUAAUUUAAUAUGUUCAUGAUUUGAUUUAGGGCCUAUGUCAAAUUUGAAAUGGUUGUACAGUUUAUUAAUGAUUUCCUUUCUGUCUGUAAA